AUGCCGACGGUGAAGAUUGCCCCCAGCGUGCUCGCCUCCGACCUCGGCAACCUCAACCAUGAGUGCCAACGCAUGAUGGAUUGCGGUGCAGACUGGCUCCAUAUGGACAUCAUGGAUGGUCACUUCGUGCCGAACAUUGUGCUGGGCGCCCCGGUGAUCCAGUCGGUUGCCAAGGCCGUGCCGAACAUCUUUAUGGACUGCCACAUGAUGGUAUCCGAGCCACUGAAGGUAUGUUUUUGUGUCUCACCUCAGUGGAUCAAGGAUAUCGCCGCCGCCGGUGGCAAGUCAUACACGUUUCACUUGGAGGCCACAGGUACGUGCGCGGCCCUAACCGCAGACGACCCGCUCGAGGUCGUGCAUCAAAUCAAGGCCGCUGGGAUGCGGGCCUCAGUUGCCAUCAACCCAGGCACACCUGCCACGGAAAUAUCCGACGAAUUGGGGCGCGCCGUCGAUAUGAUCCUCGUCAUGACGGUGUGGCCCGGCGCGGGCGGCCAAAAGUUCAUGGCCGAGUGCAUGCCCAAGGUGGCCGAGCUGCGCGCACGCUUCUCUGAACUCGAUGUAGAGGUCGAUGGCGGCGUGGGACCGAAGACCAUUGCGGCGUGUGCGGAUGCCGGCGCGAACGUCAUUGUCGCAGGCACCGCGGUAUUCCAUGAUCCGCAGCCGUCGUCGGUUAUCCAGUACCUGCGCACGCAAUGCGAGCAGGCACAAGCGCGCAUACGCGAUGAGCGAGAGCGCAUCCUGCAUGGAGAGCACGUCGACGGCGCUGGCAUCGCGCACCAGCACACGUACCUCUCUGGCGGCGCCGCGUCGUGGUGCCAUCCGCGCGCGUACCUGGCUCCCCCAUAG